AUUUGUUAAUGUCACCCAAUCAAUAAAUGAUUAUGAUGAUGAUGCGAAUGUCAUUGAAAAAUUUUUCGUUCUUGACCAAUUCAUUAAGAAUUUCUAAAAAUUCUAUCAUCAAUUAUCGUAUGAUGACGACAUCAUCAAAAUAUUUGGUUGAAGAAACUAAAUAUAAUUUUCUUCGAAAUUUGGGUAUUGAACGUACCAAUAUCGGUGUCUUUACAAACGAUUGGAAAGCUCAUGGAAAGACAAUAACAUCGAUAAAUCCAUCCGAUGGAAGGGUUAUUGCUGAAGUUGUAACAGGAAAUCUUGAUGAUUACAAUGAAGCUGUACAAGAAUCGCAAAAAGCUUGGCAACUAUGGGCAGAUAUGCCAGCACCACAGCGUGGUGAAAUUGUUCGCCAGAUUGGUAAUGCAUUACGAGAAAAGAAAACUGAUCUUGGGAAAUUAAUCUCAUUGGAAAUGGGCAAAAUCCUGAGCGAAGGUGAAGGUGAAGUUCAAGAAUAUAUUGAUAUCUGCGAUUAUGCUGUCGGAUUAUCUCGAAUGUUGAAUGGAAAAAUUAUACCAUCAGAACGUCCGAAUCAUGUACUCAUGGAAAAUUGGAAUCCAUUAGGUACUGUCGGUGUUAUUUCUGCAUUCAAUUUUCCAGUUGCCGUUUUUGGUUGGAACAAUGCCAUUUCUUUGGUCUGUGGCAAUACAACACUUUGGAAACCGGCACCAACAACAUCGUUAUGUGCGGUGGCUGUAACAAAAAUUCUGGAAAAAGUUUUUAAAAAUAACGGUCUUCAGGCAUCAUUGUGCACAUUAGUUAGCGGUGAUGUCGAUAUUGGUAAAGCUAUUGCCAAUGAUAAACGUUUGCCAUUAGUAUCAUUCACUGGCAGCUGUCAAGUUGGCCGUGAAGUAGGUGUUGCCGUACAACAAAGAUUCGGCAAACAUAUUCUUGAAUUGGGUGGUAAUAAUGCAAUUAUUGUUGAUCAUGAUGCCGAUAUCGAUAUGGUCAUUCGUGCUUCGCUGUUUGCAUGUGUAGGUACAGCCGGACAACGAUGUACAACUACAAGAAGGCUAUUUGUACAUGAAAAUAUUCAUGAUAAAAUCGUCGAACGUUUAGCCAAUGCUUAUGGUCGUGUACGUGUUGGUGAUCCAUUGGAUAAGGAUACACUUUAUGGUCCAUUACAUUCGGAACAAGCUGUUCAGAAUUAUGAAAAAACAAUCAAAACUGCAAUUGAAUCGGGUGGAAAAAUCAUCCACGGUGGAAAACGUAUGAAUCGAUCAGGUUUCUAUGUUGAACCGACAAUCAUCACUGGAUUAUCACAUGAUUCACCAACGGUCCAUACAGAAACAUUUGCUCCAAUUGUUUAUAUCAUACCGUUUAAACAAUUAAACGAUGCAAUCGCUUGGAAUAAUGAAGUUGAACAAGGACUUUCGAGUAGCAUUUUUACCUCGAAUCUUAGCAGCAUAUUCAAGUGGACCGGACCAAAAGGUUCUGAUUGUGGUAUCGUCAACGUUAAUAUUCCCACAAAUGGUGCCGAAAUCGGUGGAGCAUUUGGUGGUGAAAAAGCAACUGGAGGUGGAAGAGAAUCUGGUUCAGAUUCAUGGAAACAAUAUAUGCGAAGGUCAACAUGUACAAUCAAUUAUUCCAAAGAAUUACCAUUGGCACAGGGAAUUAAAUUUGAAUAAAAAGAAUUGUAUUUUUU